CGACAAGCACUCAACUCCUCGACCACCCAACGACGACCCUUGCGCUGCGUUCCUGGUGAAGGGCUGCAGGAUUCAGAGGUGAGUAUUCUUCUUAACAUCACUUCUGCAAGAGUCUUUGUUUCGAUUUCCCAUCUCUUCUAUCCCCGUGUUGUCGAGCGAGUCGGUGCCGCACAUCAAUCAAAUUCAGUCUGUCGAAACUCGAUCAUAGCCAGCCAACCUUGAGGAGACAAAAGAAGAGACGGAUAAGAUUAGUUUCAGACGGGGGAGAUUCACCAGUCUACGAUUAUUCUGCUGUCGUCUUUUCUUUUUUUGAGGCUUCGCGAUAUUCUUAUCUCACACACACACACACACACACAUCAAUACCAUCAAUCCAUCGACUCGCGUCACGCUCAACUUGGGGAUAGAAUCGAAGGGCGAUCCGAAUUGACUCGGAUCUUUUUGUCAGUUAUUUGAUACUAAUUGAUCUUUUUGUGGAUAGUCCCUCAUAGACCGCAAACAUGGGUAUCUCACGCGACUCUCGCCACAAGCGCUCGGCCACCGGUGCAAAGAGGGCCACCUACCGCAAGAAGAGGGCUUUCGAGAAGGGUCGCCAGCCUUCUAACACCCGUAUCGGCACCAAGAGAAUCCACCUGGUCCGCACCCGUGGUGGUAACCAGAAGUUCCGUGCCCUCCGUCUCGACUCCGGCAACUUCUCCUGGGGUUCCGAGGGUGUCUCCCGCAAGACCCGUGUCAUCGUCGUUGCCUACCACCCUUCCAACAACGAGCUGGUCCGUACCAACACCCUGACCAAGUCCGCCGUUGUUCAGAUCGAUGCCGCCCCCUUCAGACAAUGGUAUGAGGCCCACUACGGCCAACCCAUUGGCCGCAGACGCCAGCAGAAGACCGAGACCACCGAGGUGAAGAAGAGCAACAGUGUUGUGAAGAAGCAGGCCGCUCGCUUCGCCGAGUCCGGCAAGGUCGAGUCCGCCAUCGAGAGACAGUUCGAGUCCGGCCGCCUGUACGCCGUCGUUGCCUCUCGUCCUGGCCAGAGCGGCCGUGUUGAUGGUUACAUCCUGGAGGGCGAUGAGCUUGCAUUCUACCAGCGUGCCAUCCGCAAGUAAAAAAAAAAAAAGAUGACAAACCCUGAGAGAAUGAAGAUGUUAUUUCGCAUACGCUAAAAAUUAACUAUUUUUUUUAACCCUUUG